CACACAAGUAUACGGGCACCGCCAGCCUUUAGCAAGGUGGAUACUAAAAGCAACCUGGGACUUUCCCAGGAUUUCGAAAGGAUGGUCGGGCUGACGGGUGGAUCGCAUCUGUAUGCGGCCGGUAUACCAGCGGCCGCACAGGAAAUCGUCCGUGACAUGGCUGCUAUGCCAACGGCGGCCCCGACCAGUGCGGAUGCGUGUCUCAGUAUCGUCCAUUCGCUGAUGUGCCACCGGCAGGGUGGUGAAAGCGAAGGCUUCUCCAAGCGGGCCAUCGAAUCGUUGGUGAAGAAGCUGAAGGAAAAACGGGACGAGUUGGAUUCGUUGAUUACGGCCAUCACCACCAACGGGGCACAUCCGAGCAAGUGUGUCACGAUACAGCGUACCCUUGAUGGGCGAUUGCAGGUCGCCGGACGCAAAGGAUUCCCGCACGUGAUCUAUGCCCGCAUCUGGCGUUGGCCUGAUCUUCACAAAAAUGAGCUGAAGCACGUAAAAUUCUGCCAGUUCGCAUUCGAUCUAAAGUGUGACUCAGUCUGUGUUAAUCCUUACCAUUACGAGCGUGUCGUAUCUCCCGGGAUCGAUCUGUCGGGACUCACGCUUCAGUCCGGCCCAAGUCGCUUAAUCAAGGAUGAAUACACACCGGGCUCGGUCGUUGGUGGUGGAAUGGAUAUAGAUGGUAAUGAAAUCGGUACCAUCCAGCAUCAUCCCUCAAUGGUUGCCGGUGGUGCGUAUAGCACCAUGACGAUGCAUCCACAAGUGCCCGAUCCAUCUCAGUUGAGUGGUUUGUACGGAUCAAGUACCGGUCCACGGCCGAUACCAAAGUUGGAAUCUGCCGAACAAUCUCGAAACAGUGGUCCCAGCAGUUGGAUGAGCGGUGCGGGUAGUGUCGGUGGUCCAUCUUCCGCAGCGGCCAUGCUAUCAUCGGCAUCCUCAUCCGGAAGUCAGCAGCACCCACGCUUGUCCUCUUCUUUACCGCUUUCAUCCGUUAUCGGUGGUCCCGCCGGGCUUACAAACAAUGGUUUACGUGCGUCGCAGAGCUCACAGCAACAGACACAAUCGUCACAACAGCAGCCACAGCCUUCAUCACAACCCAGUUCGCAACUAACGAACGGCGGAAAUAGUGGCUUACUUGGUAGUGCUGCCCAGGCAAGUACUAGCGGCGGUGGUAGCAGUGGUGGACUGAUCGGUGGAGAUACCUCGCAGUACUAUGGCAAUGCUGCCAGUGCGGACCCUUCGAUGGGAAAUGAUCCACAAAGUGCAAUGGGGCCUUCAAGCAUGUCUGGUUCGCUAUCGGCAACCUCGCCCGUAUCGCCCCAUCUACAGCAGAAUGGGUACGUGUCGGCGAGUAAUGGACAGUCGUCACAAGCCGGACCCUCCGUUGGUCAGCCGCAAACGAAUCAAACCGGUGCGCCACAAUACCAGCAGCAACAGCAACAACAGCAGCAACAAUCGCAACAACAGCAGCAGCAGCCAGGUGGUUCCGCCACGUGGUCCGGUUCGAAUACUCUAAAUUACACACAAUCGAUACAACCGCCGGCCCAUGCAAGUGGUUCACAUCAACAGCAAGCAUCACAGGCUGCAUCACAAUACUGGCCACAUAGUUCCGGCAGUGGUGCUGGUGGUGCGGUCGGUACUGCCGGCGGUUCCAGCGUUGGUACCGCCACCGGUGGACAGCUGGCAGAAUUGCCCGGUCAGCAACGUUUGCUGUCGCGCCAGCCCGCACCCGAGUACUGGUGUUCGGUGGCUUACUUCGAGCUGGACACACAGGUGGGAGAAAUGUUUAAGGUACCUUCGAACCGGCCAAACGUCACCAUCGAUGGGUACGUCGAUCCGUCCGGUGGCAAUCGGUUCUGUCUCGGGGCGCUUAGUAACGUGCAUCGAACGGAGCAAAGUGAAAAGGCGCGGCUACAUAUUGGUAAAGGUGUACAGCUGGAUUUACGUGGCGAAGGAGACGUUUGGCUACGGUGUCUCAGUGAUCAUUCAGUAUUUGUACAGAGUUAUUACCUCGACCGGGAGGCAGGCAGAACGCCUGGCGAUGCCGUACACAAAAUCUAUCCCGGAGCGUGUAUAAAGGUAUUUGACUUGCGACAGUGUCACCUGCAGAUGCAAUCCCUCGCCAACUGUGCCCAGAAAGCGGCUCAAAUGCAAGCCGCCGUCGUGGCUGGUGUUUCAGCCGUAGGAGCUCCUAGAAGUCUAUCGGCUGUCGCUGGAAUCGGUGUGGACGAUUUACGACGCCUUUGCAUCCUGCGACUGUCGUUCGUGAAGGGCUGGGGUCCUGACUAUCCGCGACAAUCGAUCAAGGAAACGCCCUGCUGGGUGGAGGUCCAUCUUCACCGGGCGCUGCAACUGUUGGACGAAGUGCUGCAUCAGAUGCCGAUCGAUGGACCGCGUGCCAUCGAAUAAAGUUAAG